GAAGGAACUACAUCCACAACCUAAGCAGUGAGCUGAUACACGUGGGUGUGUAUGUGUGUGUGUGUGUGUGUGCGCUCGGAGCAACAGAGGGGAUCUCUGAGGAUACACGGAUGAGAAAGAGGAGUGGGGGAGCCAAGGAAGAGGAGCCCGAGUGUGUUUCGCCCCAGGGGGAGCUCACACACACCGCAGACGGCACACACACUCCAGCGGGCACUCUGCACUGUUUCCCUGACAACUAGAAUGGGCUGCAAUUUGUGCACCUUGCAGAAACGGGAGGAACACUACAAACUGCUGUAUGAGAUUGCACAGGUGAACGGGCGCAACUUCUCCAAAGUCGACCAUGAGGAGGCAGUGGUGGAGGCCAUCAGGCGAGACCCAAUCGUUGUCCAGGUUCUGCGGCGAACCCCCACCAGAGCCACAGCCGCUGUUGCACACAACCACAGUGGCACACCACAGGACGUGUGUGUGGUGGAUGUUUGCACGCAAACGGACAUCACCUUCGAGCACAUCAUGGCACUGGCGAAGCUUCGGCCUGCUACUCCGCCCGUCCCUGACAUCUGUCCCUUCCUUUUGUCUGACAGUUGUCAUUCCAUCCACACCAUGGAGCAUGAGUUUUAUGAAUGUCCAGAGUACCUGUCCAAUACUCCAGCAGAGGUGGAGAGAACUGAAGAGUAUGAGUAUGAGGAAGUGGAGCUGUGCAGGCAGAACAGCCAGGAGAAGCUUGGCUUGACGCUGUGCUACAGGACCGACGAUGAGGAGGACACCGGCAUUUAUGUCAGCCAGGUGGAGCCAAACAGCAUAGCAGCGAGAGACGGACGCAUCAAGGAAGGAGAUCGUAUUCUACAGAUAAAUGGCUGUGAAGUGCAAGACAGAGAGAAAGCUGUUGCCUUGUUGUCAAGUGAAGAAGCGAGGAGCAUCGUGCUACUGGUGACAAGACCAGAAAUCCAGCUGGAGGAGGAGGUAUGGCUGGAUGAUGAGCAACAGGAGCUGGUGGAGGAGCUGAAGAUGGAGAUUCUGGAGGAGAGGAGGAGGCAGAAGGAACGUAACUUUGACAGGGGGGAUGAGUAUCUAGCUGAAGAAGAGAUGACGACAGACACCGCUACCUGUUCCUCAAACAAUCAAGACAAAGACAGUGGGUUUGGACGCAGUACAGACAGUCCAGAGCACCAACCCCUGCUGGCUAGACUGCACAGGAGGACCCCAGCCCAUUGCCUGAGGGAGCGAUGGAGGGCAGAGCAUCCACACACAAGACGAGGGACUGUAGUGCCACAGGACACGCAGAGUCCGAGGACAUUGUCAAAAGGCCAAGGCCAUGAAGGGGUCAGUAUUCGCAAUGGCGGAGGCGGGAUCCUAGGUUUAGAAAAUCGCUUCCAGCAACUCUUGGAGCUCAAGUGCCAAAUCCGGAAUGGAGGCGAGUGUGGGGUGUACUCCAUCCGACACAGUAUAGAGUGUAGUGUCACUGAGCAAGGAGUGGAUGGAGAUAGCGUAGAUAGUGUUGGAGGAGGGAAUGGAGUGGAGCAGGAGUUGAGGAUGCUAAAUGAGGAACUGCGCAGCAUUGAGCUCGAGUGCCAGAGCAUCAUGCAGGCGCAUCAGCUCCGCCAGAGCCACCAGAUGGAACCUUCAGAACCUGUAUCCAGCUCACCAGGACGGAGCCCCAAAGAUGGACACAAGCGGCACGGCAGGUUGGCCGACAUCCACGAAUACCCUGAGCGGUCGGACAGCGAUAGGAUCCGAGAGAAGGACAGCUCCAGUGCCUACAACACGGCAGAGAGUGCACGGUCGACACCGCUAGGUAUGGAGAGAUCUCCUGAUCAUUCUCUGCAGAGACAAAUCAGCAUCACCAACCAGAAAAACCUCAGACUGGCUUCCUCAACACCCUCCAGCCCCAUCCCAAUCCCCAAGCCCCAGGGUCGUAGCAGACCAGCAGACCCAGGCCCUGUUAUCUCCAGCAGCCCAGAUCAGAGCAACCCUUCACGGUCCGAGUCAGACCCUGCCCUGCCUGCAGACGAUGAAAGGUGUGAGAAGAAAGGGAGGGCCAGAGACUCCAGGAGGGGGCUGUCCUAUGGUUCGUAUCAGACAACUCCCUAUCAAGGCCAGGGAGCAUCCAGGCAACUGCAGAGUUACAUGCAGCUGCUACAACAGCACUCAUCCCUGGAGUAUUCCCAGAGCCAGCUGAGUCUGCUCAGUGUCUGUCGAGAUCCCGCGCACCGGAGUGGACGCCCUGGGGAACCCCGUCUGGAGUGGAAGGUCAAAGUUCGGGCUGACGGCACACGCUAUGUGGCCCGGAGGCCUGCUCGUGACCGAAUCCUGAGGGAGCGGGCGCUAAGGAUCAGAGAGGAGAGGAGCGGAGGCAUGACUACAGAUGACGAUGCUAUGAGUGAGAUGAAAAUGGGCCGCUACUGGAGCAAAGAGGAGCGGAAGCAGCAUUUGGCGCGGGCUAGGGAGCAAAGGAAGAGAAGGGAGUUCAUGCAAAAGAGCCGCCUUGAAUGUUUAAAGGAGGGGCCAGCUAGCGGAGCAGAGGGCAGGAAGGAGGUCAAUAUCUUGGAGCUCAGUCACAAAAAGAUGAUGAAGAAACGAAACAAAAAGAUCCUGGAUAACUGGAUGACCAUCCAGGAGCUGAUGAGCCAUGGGGCAAGAGUCCCAGAGGGCUCCAAAGUACAUAACGCCUUCCUGUCUGUCACAACUGUCUAGCGGACACAAACAGUACCGCAUACUCUGAAGUACUGAACACUUUAAUAUCAGGUAGCCUGCAUUUCAGGAACUACUGCUUUAUUUAAAAAAGUGUCAGUUUGUGAAGUUAAAUUAAAAAUGUCACUGCGGAGGACUUCUGUAGCAUUCCUAAUGCAACUUUGUAACUAUCACUUUUACGAAUGUUUGAAUACUUCUUGAACUCUAUCAUUACAAGACCUCAGCCAUUCAAACUUUUCACUGUUUUUACACUGGCUUUUUGGUAAUGCACUGGCUUCUGAUAGCAGAUGAUUUUGGUAGCAUAUUGGUUCAAACUGAUUGACACAAAAAAGUGAGGAACCAACACAUCAACUUCAUGUACACUAUGUAUUGUAUCUCCAUACUCUCCAUUCCUGUUUCAAUGCAUAUGAAGUGGCUUCACUUGCCUCGUUCAAGGUGGCAUUUUUUUAUAACGGGGGAAAAUUCAAUAUUUUUCACACUUUGUAAACUCAGUAACUUUUUGUAAGGGAUUUUUUACAAUGAAUGUCAAUGUACUGUAAACAUUUUACUGUAAUUUAUUAUUUAUGUUUGUAUCACCAAACCACCAAGGUCAGACUUGACACUAUUUGAUUGUACUGUAGCCUGAAAUGUAUGCCAGACCCGCACAAAGAGAAAUGAGAAACUUUGUGAAAUGGCUGAACUCGUCAUUUAAAAAACACUCCUUUCAUUGUGUUGAAAACGUCACUUGAGUCAGAGUCAUCUGAAAAAAUGAAAGCACUGAAAAUGUUGUCAUGCUAUCUCAAAAGCUCAGAUUGUUCAUGAGCUGAGAGGGCUCUUUGAAACAGUUUUACCUCACCUUAGUCAAAAUGCUGUUCUGUCAAGUGGUUUAAUACCUGGUUAAUUUCAUCGUUGACUCAAUGCUAAACCCUUACUAUAAACCAUAAAUGUGUGAAUUAUGUUUAAAAUGUUAUAUAGAUUCAUAUUUAUAUUGUUUACUGUUAUUUCUAUUUAUUGUAAAUUAAUUUUUAUGGUCCACCUGAUAAAUGUUUCACAUUAAGUGGCUUCUCUCUGAAGGGAAGUCAAGAAAAUGUAUCAUAUUGCAGCCUUUCAACUCAAACCUGCUGCUUGUCACUGUAAAGUCCAUUGAA